CAGUGAAUUGUAAUUUUGCAAAUUUUAAUGUAUUUUCCUCAAUUUUUCAUUAGAAAUUAUUUUUAUCUUAAACAAUAAAUAAUACCUUCGUCGAUGCGAAUAAAAUUCAACCAUUUAAUCGAUAGUUUCUAGUGAAAAAUAACAAAAUUUAUAAUUCAAAGUGAUGGACAGUCAGGCUCCAAUUGAAGGUUACUUGUUGGACAUUGUUGAUAAUAAAUGGCGUGAAGAAACAUUACCAUUCGAUCAAAUUUUAGUUCCAACUGAUAAAUUGCCCGAUCCAGAAGCUGAUGGUACAGAUUCCCAUUUAACAUUAAGUGAACAAGAACAAAGAUGGACUGAUCUUGCCUUAGGCACACUAGCACCAGAAUCCGGAUUUAGUGAUCAACUAAAUCUAACAGGAGUCUAAAAAAACACCAUCCUAUUUUUAUCUUCACAUAAUUAUCUUCUCUAUCUAAAAAUACAAA